UUAUAAUUUUCAAUUAUAAAGUUUUCGUAUUUUCUUAGCUGGAGAGAGAGAGCGACAACAGAGGAAAAACGAGUGAAAAGCCAAGUGAAAACUCGCCUUGUGCUUAUAAGACUGCCUGCCAUGCAAGUGACGCGCGGACAUCCAGGCCAUAGCGUGGGCACCGCAGGUCUGGUGAGGACAGGCGGGCUGCGGGCGGCCUCUGACUCCCUGUCUUCAGUCUUGUUGCCGCGACUCAGGUGAGCGGUUGGCCCUGCUUCCCACCGCCGCGUUCCCCACCUGCUCACGCGUCGCUUCAACAACUUUGCAGAAAAUUUCAAGGCUGUUCAGCUGAUAGUGCAUGAAUAAGUCUGUGUGCUGUACAAGGAUGUGUGGCUGAAAAAAGUGUGACUUAGAUAAAAUAACAAAUUUCAUGAAAGUGGAAUACUUAAUUUUUCUUCUGCUUCUGAUUUCCGGUUCCCAAGUGAAUAUAAAAAAAAAAGAACAUCCCGAGCAAGCUUGUGAAUGGUGAUCUCAGUGACUGAAGGCAGGAAGCGUGGCCGUGACGGUGGCCUUCCUCAACUGACCGCCGGCUGCCUCGUUGUCGCUCCAGUCGUUGGUAACUCGUGCCCCUCUUGAGACUCGCGUCCGCCGAAGUGAUGUCCUUCAGCCAACUUUGAUACGGAGUCGGCACACUGACGGGGAGCGUGGUGCCAAGUCUCCUCAGGACAUACAAGGACAUCAGUUUGGCCUGCAAGUUUGUGUGUGCCGAAGACGAGACGAUGCGCCAAAACCACCUGCUGAACAUACGCUCUCUCCUCCUGCCUCCGCCGUCAGCCGUGGUGCUGCUGGUGGUGGAGGUAGUGCUGGUGGUGUGUCCCGCCCCCACCGACGCGGUCCAGGCGAUGGCUGGCCUCGGCACUGGCUGGCGGGAACAAACAGAUUGGCGUGAGGAACAGCCUGCCACCUCCCUCCGCCGCGGCCCCCACCUGCUGCCGGACCUGCCCUCCACCGUGGCAGUCACAGCCGGUAGACUCGCCACACUGCCCUGCCGCGUCACCAACCUCAAGGGCAGAUCAGUGUCGUGGAUAAAGCAUGAGGACCUGCAGGUGCUGGCCACGGAGGAGGUCAUCAUCACCACCGACCAGCGCAUCAAGGUGAGGGCGUGGCGUGCCGGCGCGGUAUGGGCGUGGGACCUGCUCAUCGAGGAGACGCAGCUGGCGGACGCGGGAGUGUACGAGUGUCAGGUCAACACUCGACCCAAAAUAUCACAUCCUGUCACCCUAGAAGUCUAUCAGGGCGGGGCAGUGAUCGCAGGGCCCUCGGAGGUGUACGUGGAGGCGGGUUCCUGACUGCUACUCACCUGCUGGGUCGAGGCGCCGCCCCGGCCGCCGGGCCCCAUCACCUGGCUGAGGGAACAGCGCCCCAUCACCGCGGAGGGAAGCAGGGGCGGCGUGAGUCUCCACCAGGCUCAACAAGGUGCAAGGGCGAGCGCAAGACUUUCCCUUACCAGCGUCAUGCCGCACGAUGCGGGGAACUACACGUGCCAGCCACAGGAUCUCGAUCCAGCCACUGUGUCUGUGUUCGUCCUCAGAGACGAGAAGCCCCGAGCUAUGCAUCACGACUCGGCCCCUCAGCCAGCUUCCCUUCACCCUGCCCUGCUGGCCGUUGCGCUCCUCUCCUCUCGCUGGCUUAGAUGAUGGCUGUAGCUUCCCUGCAUAUGGCCCGAGCCUUUCCAUCCUUGCAGCCUUGAAUGCGACGCACCACUGUCAUAUUGCAGUGCUGAGCCAGUUACCUAGUUCAGUUGACUGCCUUGUGCAUCACAAUGGAUAGAUAACUUUUUUUUUUUUCAGAGCUCGUGUGCGUAUUUCAGACCCCCGUUUUUUUUUUUUUUUUUUAGGAGAACGUUUUGUAUUCAUCUUUCUCUUUUUUCAUUGUGUCGUGAGUUGUAAUAUCUAUUACUUCAAUGGACUCCCUGCUUAUCCUUCAACAUAAGGACAAGAAAUUCUGCAGUAAGAAUGGUAGUUCAGGGCUGGAGUUUUCAUGUCUCUCUUUACCCGCGCCUCAGAGCAAUAGAUAGACGAUAUUUAGUGCUGGUCUAUGAUACAUCUCCUCAUCGACUUUUUUUCUCUUUUUCCUUAAGUUUCCUUUUUCCUUAAGUUGUCUCGCCAAGCCCUCUGAGGGGAGACGUGUGAACUUAUCCACUCAUCGUACAAAAGCCAUUUCUUCUCUCGAGCAGCUGCGAACUUAAAUAUAAUUUUGCUAUGUAUAGAGUCGAGUCCUUCAAACAAAGCCCUCAGAGCUUUUCUUUUCUUGGGUCCGCUGGGAGGAAUCUGAGUUUUACAUAAAAAAGGCAAAAUAUGUACACAUCUGCUAUAAUGGGUCACAUCAAUGUGCUUACUAAGGCCUAUGUUCUCUUUGAUCUGUUAUCGACGUGCAUUUCCCACAACUGGCAAGCAAAGUGAUAAUAGAUCCCUAUCACUCAUGCCCACCGCCUAGAGCAGUGGUUCCCAGACUCGGGGGUGCGUCCCCCCUAGGGGGACGUGAGGAGAAUGCAGGGGAGGCGUAAUGUCAUCUGAGAAAAAAAAAGUCAAUAAUUGAAUUACUCCAAGAACAAGUAUAUCGUGCAAAGCAGCAGCAUCCAUCUCACUGUUGAAACCAUGGUAUUUAUGUAAUCAAUUUUAAGUUUCAGUAUUUUGAGAAUUUAAAUAUUAUGGGCGUGCCAUGUCUUCAAGAAUCAUAUUUAGUUUGCAGAACAGUGCAUGCCGUGGUUAAUUCAAGUUAUUUACUGGAAUUAUUUCCGUGUCACGUCUUUAUAUUUCAUGUUCAGUUUGUAAGACUGUGCAUAUCUCCCUUUCAAACUUUUACUUACUGGUGUAAGUGUCUUUACACUUCGGUGUUGUGAGAGCUUGUAAUGUCUUGUAUAUAUGUGCUGUGCAUUGAAAUUUCAUUAUUAAUUUAUGAAACUAAGGGUAUCUUAGUUUGAUUUGUUUACUGGAAAGUCUUUAUAUUUCAUUUGGUACUAUGAGAAUUCGAAAUAUUAUGUUCCUGCAUGUCCUCAUAUUUUCGUAUCUGGUUUAUGGAACAUUGCAUAUCAUGGAGUCAGUCAUUUACUAGAUUUAGUAUACGUAUAUUAAUUUCAGUGUUACAAGUGUUUACAUGUAUUAUAUGCAUUGUUUUCAAUUUAUUUUAGAUUUUUAAGCAUUGCGGAUCCAUUUUGAUAUUUUCCUAAUUUCUUAAAAAAAAAGCAAUUGUUUAAUUAAAAUGUCUCGUGGCCAUA